UUUUUUGGAUUUCCAAAAUGAAAAAUUUAAGUAUGAGAUCAAUUAUCCCAAAACCUUGGGGAAAAAAAGUUUGUCCAAACAUUUUUCAAGUUUUACUAAAUAUCCAUUUUUUGCCUCAAAAAUUAUUUUUUGCUUUCCAUCUGGGUAAAAUAUGAAUCCUGGGGUAUAAAGUGACCAUCCUAUGUGUUUGCUCAAUGAUUCUACUGCCCCCACAGUUUGUGGGGGGGAUGUCAAUGUGGGGCAAAUUAUGACCAAGUAUGGGGCAAAUAAUGACCAAAUUGUCAUAUUCAUUAUUUACCCCGCAAUUCACUUUUUACCUCAACUCUUUUUUCCCCACAUAUGAUUUUUUACCCCAAUCUUGAUCAUUUUUUACCCCCAAUGAAUUUAUUCACAACAUAAUUUAUGUAUAUAAAUAUAUUCUGGUAUUCUGGUCUCCAGAACAAUUGAUAAAACCUGAUCUAGGAACUAUACUGUGUAAUCUAAUCUACUAAAUUCUAUUUCCAGAGUAAAUAGACAGGUGCAUUUAAUAUAAGGCUAUCACAGUAUCAUCUAAAAUCUAUCAGAAUGGUACGGACCUAUAAAAAGAAAAUGAAGCAAUAUAAUGAAGUUACAAUUGCAGUAGCAAUUAAUGAUGUAAUAGGAGGAUCAUCUAUCAAGAGAACUGCUAAGAAAUAUGGAAUGAGUAGUGGAAUGUUGUGGAACCGUGUCCAGAUGAAAAAAUCUAAUACUGAACACAAGGAUAAUAGGGGAAGGAAGAUUUGUCUUGGUACAGAGUUGGAAGACAAGUUGAAGAAUCUCCUUAAGAGGAUGGAAAAGAUGGGGCUAGGUCCCACCUUCUUGGAAUUCCAGGAUAUAGUACAUGACUAUCUCAUUGCCAAUGAAAUAAGCACUCCAUUCAAAGACAACCGACCUGGACGUGAUUGGGUUAACAGCUUCCUGCUCAGACAUAAUAUGACAUUAAAAAAAGGAGGACAAAUGCAGUUGGCCCGCAAGAGUGUUACUUCAGAUCCAUUUGUUAUUUAUGGAUUUUACGACAUGCUUGAGAAGGAAAUGGAUCGUCUCAAUAUCAAAGAUCGUCCAGAGUGUAUUUAUAACUUGGAUGAAACGGGGUUCCCAAUGGACCCAUCAAAGUCCAAGACAAUUGGGUCAAAGGGAGAAAAAACAGUGAGGCUCACACAUGGCGCUAACAGAGAGAACAUUACCGUCCUCGCAACAUGCUGUGCAGAUGGUACAUGUCUUGAUCCCCUUGUAGUUUUCAAGGGCAAGAAAAUGCAGUCAACUUGGAUAGGAGAGGAAGCACUCCCAGGCACACAGUACGCUGUUACUGAAUCUGGAUGGAUGACAAGUGCUGUGUUUGAGGACUAUUUAAAGACAUUAGCAAAAAAGACUGCUAACACCCGUCCAUUACUGGUAAUCCUGGAUGGACAUCUAAGCCACACUUCACUGACCACUGUGGAGGUGGCAAUCCAGGAGAAUAUCUCAAUAAUCAAACUACCUCCACAUUGUACCGACUUGCUUCAGCCUUUAGACGUUGCCUGUUUCGCACCAAUGAAAUCAAACUAUGAUGCAAAGCUUACACAAUAUGUGCAGACAACUGGCGCACAAGAACCGCUUAGAAAAUCAGGAUUUGUUAACAUUUAGCCUUGUUAAUAGUUU